UCUACUUACUUUCAUCAUCUGCAUUCCUUUGCACUUCAAUGGCGGACGAGAGCGAAUACAAGAAAGGAUUGUGGAUGGAGGAAGAAGAUGAACUUCUCAAAGAAUACGUUACAAAAAAUGGGAAAGGGAAGUGGAAUCGCAUUGCAAGAACUACAGAUCUAAAAAGAUGUGGAAAAAGCUGUAGAUUGAGGUGGUUGAAUUAUCUAAAUCCAAAUGUAAAGCGCGACACGUUUCAAGAAGACGAAGAUGACCUCAUCAUUCGCCUACACAAACUACUUGGGAAUAGAUGGUCCUUAAUAGCGGGAAGAAUACCAGGUCGUACCGACAAUCAAGUAAAAAAUCGUUGGAACACUUUCCUAAGCAAGAAAAUUGGGACGAUAAAAAAAUAUAAAAAAAGAGUUAGGACUUCUUUUCAAACAAUACAUGAUAUCUCCCCCAAGGAUGGAGGAGUUGACCAUUAUGUACCCUUGAAUGAUAAUCAUCUUGACCAACCAUUGUUCAAUGAAACCGAUCAUCCCAUCGAGCCAAAUGAGCCGAACAAUGAUGAUAGACAAAACCUCGACAAUGGUCUUUUGUUUCUAGAAGAAGGAUUCGGGCUGAACGAUAAUAAUUAUUCCGAGAGCCCAUCGUGGUUUCUCAAUGAUGAUGAAUUUGAUUUCAUUAAAACUGGCUUCAUGGGACUCUUGGACGAACAGUUUCCUCUUAACAGGUCUAUUGGGGACAAUUCCGAUAACAUAGUUGAACAGGGAAAUGAAAGUGUUGCACUUGCCGACAUGAUUCAGCUCCAAGUAAAUACUACUCCCACCGAAAAUCUUUUCAUUGAAAUAUGAAAACAAGAGUUUCUUAUCUUUUCUAAGUUGUAUUUGCUUCUUAUUAUUUGAUUAAUUCAUGUUUUUUGUUUGAGUUUAUUUUUCAAAAUAAGUUAUCUCUGUGUAACAAAAAUGAGUGAAGUACUUCUGUACCUAGACUUAAUUUAUUGUUUUAGAAUUUCCAUUAUUAUAAAUAAAUUGUGUGCUUCUAUUGAA